AUGACCAACAUCACCUAUUGUAUAUUUGAAGAAAGGUUCCGACGGGGAGAAAUACCAGAUUCUAGGGAAGCAAGCUCAGAAAGGAAAAGCACACUAGAGCUUGCUAUGAAUAGGCAGAAGGGCAGAAGUUCUGAUGCUAUAAUAGCACCAGAGAUUGGGAUGGAGUUCGAUUCAUUACAUGAGGCAUACGACUUUUACAAUCUUUACUCAUGGGAGAUUGGUUUCGGCAUAAGAUACGGGCGGUCAAGGAAGAAUGUUGCAAAGAGCAAAACUGUGCAGGAAAUAACUUGCGGCUGUGAGGGGAAGCCUAAGCAUGUGAACACAAAAUUAGCAUGUUGUGGCUGCCUAGUCAUGAUCCGUCUACACCGAACUACUGAUAAUGGAUGGUACAUUCAUGAGUUCAGAAAAGAUCACAAUUAUGGUUUGGCAAUGAACCGUGGGGAAAAGAUGCAAUGGCCCUCUAAUAAAAACAUUGACCCGCACAUGAAGGCCCUUGUUAAGAACCUCAGGGACAAUAAUGUCGGCCUAACUAAGGCGUUCAGUGUAAUUGGGAGCUUUUUUUGGAGCAAUGGAGAAUGUCCCCUUCAACAAGCGGUCUGUAAGGACGCUUUGUGCAAGCAUCGGCAGAGACCAUUCAGAGGACGAUGUGAAGACAAUGUGAAGAAAACAUUUGACUUAUUUUCAGAAUUGAAGAUGAAAGACCCAAACUUUCGUGAUAGCUGCUUAGCAGACAAUGAUGAGAAUAUUAGAGCACUCAUGUGGACAAAUGGAAAGAGUCGUAUGCAGUACAAACCAUUUGGUGACGCUAUAACUUUCGACACAACUUACCGAACAAACCAGUAUGACAUGCCGUUUGGUCUCUUUGUCGGUGUUAACAACCAUUUCCAGAGUAUAAUCCUAGGUGGUUUUCUUCUAACCAAUGAGAGAACAGAGACUUUUGAGUGGGUGUUCAAAGAAUUUGUAUCCCUAAUGGGAGGUAAAAUACCAGUUACCAUUCUGACAGAUCAGUGUCGGGCAAUGGAGCUUGCUAUUGUUGUUGUUCUCCCUGGGACAACCCACAGAUGGUGCAAAUGGCACGUAUUGCGCAAAGCUAAGGAACACACGGGAUUGUUGUAUUCGAAAGCGUCCGGUUUUCGUGACGAGUUCCACAAGAUUUUAGAGUACAUGAUCACAGUGGAGGAGUUCGAGGCAGCAUGGGCUAUUCUCAUUGCAAAGUACGGCCUCCAAGAUCACCCUUUCUUAACCCAUAUUUAUGAGGUGAGAGAAAUGUGGGCGAAGCCUUACUUUGAAGGAAAGUUUUGCGCUAGGAUGACCAGCACCCAACGUUCAGAGAGCGCAAACAACAUGCUCAAGGGUUUUGUACCGCCAGGUUCAUCAAUGAAUAUGUUUAUCAGGCACUACGAGAAGCUGCAAUUUGACAGGGAUGCGGAGGAGAACAUCCAGGAAAUGCGCUGCCGAGUGGGUGGCGUAGUCCUGAACAGCGGGUUUCCGAUUGAGAUGCAUGCGAGUAAGAUAUACACUCCAAACAUGUUUGAUUUGUUCAAGGUUGAGCUAUUCCAGUCCGGGUCAUAUAUUGUGAAAGAGGUCACUGAUGGUCAUAGGUUUAUAGUGAAACACAUCUUCGCUGAGAAGAGGAGAAGUGGUCCCGGACAGAGUUUGAGGUUAUAUUUGAUUCCUAGAGAGAGACUUUUAAAUGUGAAUGUGAUAGGUACAAUCACAUGGGAAUGCUUUGUUGUCACGCACUCCAGGUAA